GCUAUUAGAUAUGAUGAUUGAACAUUACGACAACACACUUAGUACCAUCACAACCUCGCCGUUGCAAGACGAUGUUCACGCUAGGGUAGAUGAUAUUUACAUGCCACCCAAAUUACAGCUGAUGGAAAAAGUCAAGGGGGCCUUCAAGAAAACUGAUACAACGUUAACGAAAUACAGCAACGUUCUUUUAAAUGAUGGUAAAUACAACCGAAAAAUGUUCAUUCAAGGCGAGGCAGGGUCUGGCAAAUCCACGUUUCUCGCCAUAUUAGUUAGAGACUGGUGUUAUAUAACUAGUAAAGCAUCAGGUAAACAGUUCCAGACGGACGUAACUUACACUGCCGAUGCUAAUGCACGAUUAAGACCCUCUGAUGUCUUUGAAGAUUUAACGACCCUGAAAUUGUACACGUUCGUUUUCCAUGUCACUCUAAGGGAUUCAGUCAACGAGUUAAACAUUUUAGAGAUGUUUAAAAAACAAAUAAUUGACUCAAUUUACGGCGAUAAGGAUAGACGCGAAAAUGCAUACCGACUACUGAAUGAGAUCAUGGAACGUGAACGCUGCUUGGUAUUACUGGAUGGUCUAGAUGAGUGGACCUGCAACAAAGGUAAAAGCCUACCGGAAUUGGCUGUAUCUCACAGACAGUGUGAUGUGUUGAUAACAACUCGACCUUGGAAAAUGACAGAAGCGAUGAUACCUGACGCGAAGAUUGACAUACUGCUACAACUGGAAGGAGUAAACAAGCCUUUUGAGGUGAGCAGAAGACUGCUUGGCUGUAUGGAUGAUUGUAAAGAAAGCAUGAUGUUGCACAAAAAACAAUCAGAAUUUGAAUCAUACAUAAUGAAAAAUGACUUGGAAAAGUUUCUGAUUUCACCAAUGCUAUUGCAAUUGAUAUUGCACUCAUGGGUUGAAGGGACUGAAAUGAACGGCUCCAUGUGUGGAAUAUACAGUCUCUUUCUGGAAAGUCUUCUUAAGAAGGCAAACAAGGAAAAAAGAAAAUUUCAAUCGCCACCCGUCAAAUGCUUCAAAGACACUGAACACAUACGGCCAAAUAUUGAAAACGUUGAUCGUCUUGCUAAAGCGGCAUUCCAUUUGCUGUUUUCAAAUACCAGAGAAAGUUCACUAGUGUUUAGCGAUACAGAUUUGGAGCGAUUUGGAUUAUAUGAGGAACGAAAGGAGUUUGCAUUCAAAUCCGGUAUUUUAUCGGCAACACGAAAGGCGUCUGCAUUGCGAUCAUCUCCUUCAUUUUCCUUCAUCCAUAAAAGCAUACAGGAAUUCCUCACGGCUUAUUAUAUCGCCUGCAACACCCAUCUGAUUGAUGACAUCAUUUCCGUUUAUCUCAACCGUUACGAGGAUGCAUACAUUGACAUUUCACAAGUGUUUAUAUUCCUGUGUGGACUGGAAAUAUCGGCUGCGAAUAAGCUAUCCAGCAUGAUGAAUGAACGCAAUGUUGAUUCGCAUAGCAUGAUGAAUGAUAAAUGGCAUAGAUUUGAUGAUGAGUUUUCAAAAUUAAUAGUAUCAGGAUUCAGAGAAGCUGUUGCGAAUAAACAUUAUGACAGUAACCUCAAACUCAGUCACUUUUCGUUCCUCAUACCGGUAACCGAAAUAGGAGACGUCCACAACAUCUGGAUACAAAACCGGUCAAAUAUUCUGUCAUUGUGGCUAGUCAUAAUAGGGAUAGAUGAUGAUGAUGAUGUAGAGAGUCAGAGUUCCUAUGAACGAGGCGAGUCUGCAUCUCAUUAUGAGUUUGACCUGUCAUCGUGUAGCAAGCUGAAAACGUUAGGACUAACGGGGUAUUACAUAUUGCUAAAAGAUUCGUCUUGUUUGUCCAUGUCAGAACAUCCGGUCUGGAUUGUUCUAAACAGUGCAGACCCUCUACCAGCACUACCCUGCAUAGAACAGAUUUACUUGAGGGAUGUUACAUGUUCCUCUCGAGGUCUACGCGGUCUGCUCAGUUCUCUGCUGACACUCGAUCAUGAGGUUGAGUGUAGUCUGGUUGACUGUAGCAUGACAUCGAUUGUACAGAAAACAAGGGCUGAUAUGAAGGUGUUAAACAAUACAUUAGAAAUGGUCGUUGAUGAAGACAGUCCCGGUCUGUGGGAAGCUCUGCAUAGUCUCAAUAUCAAGAGUCUCAGUCUGGAAAGAAUUCUCGCUGUACCUAUGCGGGUGAAACAUGGGGAGCUGUUGUCCCAGUCACUAUUAUCGCUCACACAGCUGGAAACGCUUAGUAUUCAAGUAUUUUCAGACAUUCCCGGUCUGUGGGAGGCUCUGCAUAGUCUCAAUAUCAAGAGUCUCAGUCUGAAAGGUCCUUUCCGUGUGCGGCAUGGGGAGCUGUCGUCCCAGUCACUAUCAUCGUUCACACAGCUGGAAACGCUUACAAUGCAUUUGGAUAAAUACAUCGUUAUACAGCCACUUCAGUCAUUGAAGUACUUAAAUAUUUACUGUAACACAUUGCUUCCAUAUCAAUUACGUGAACUUAUCGACACACUGCGCGCAUGUACUCAGACAAUUGAUAGUAGGCUUGAAUUCGGUUGUGCGCUGUUAACUUAUGCCGAUGAUAAUCAUGAUAAGAAACGCAUACGCCAAAUCGCACCGGAGGAGUACAUUCCCAUCGUACAGGAACUGGAGACGCUGGAGAAUGUUGCAGUGAAUCGAUUCGAAAUAUUAGACCGAACACGUGCAAAUACGUGGAACGUAAUCGAUACUUGCUGGUCUGCACGUAGCAAUGGUGAUAUCGAUGACGAUAAACAAAACGGUGAUAACGUUAAAGAUUACCUAUAUACAAAGUUCGUUAGAUGGCUGGAUGAUGAAAUCAUACAUCGAAUAUCAAUGCGACUUCAGAUUACUCCAGGAAUAUUUUACAGAAAUUUUUGUAUGUAAUUGUAAUUGCAAACUUUUCAUUUUAAUCUUGAGGCAAAGCAUGAAUUUUCCUUGUGUAUUCAUUCAUGUAUAUUUGUGAUUUAUUUACACAGACAUUCGCCAACUCUGUUUUCAAAGGUGCCAAAUUUUCUUGUGAUCGUUUUCGCCAUGCAUUGUUGAGAGACUUGCGGAAGAUGGAUGUUCAGCAGCUUUAUCUUCAUCUAUGCUCAAAUGACAUUCUUACGAAUGAAGCGGUGUUUUACCGGUACAUAUACAAUUAUAAAAAAAAAGCUUUGAUAUUUAAAUUUAAUGUAGUUGUUUCCCAUAACUAUAUAAAUUUGCAAAACUAACAUUUUACAUGGUUUAUUCCUCAAUGAGUCAUGGAAACUUGCAAUCAUUUUAGAAGUGUUAUCUAGUUUCUAAUUUAUAAAUAAAGCAUUUCACAAUAUUUUCUAUUAUCCAUGUUAAUUUGACAUUUUAUGCUCCCCCAAAAAAUUUGGGGGGGAGCAUAUAGUCGCCGCUUCGUCAGUCCGUCUGUCCGUCCGUAAACAAUUUUUGUCCGGGCUAUUUCUCAGCAACUAAAGGCCGGAAUUCAAUGAAACUUAAUGGGAAGCUUCACUAUUAAGAGGAAAUGUGCAUAUUAUCAGCGGGUUCUGGUCGGAUGAUUUGUCACAGAGUUAUGGCCCUUUUAAAUUUUCUAUUAAUUGUACAUAUAGUGCAAUUCUUGUCAGGGCUAUUUCUCAGCAAUUAAUGACCGGAAUUCAAUGAAACUUUAUGGGAAGAUUAACUACCAAGAGGAGAUGUGCAUAUUAUCAGCGGGUUCUGGUCGGAUGAUUUUUCACAGAGUUAUGGCCCUUUGAAAUUUUCCAUUGUACAUAUAGAGCAAUUCUUGUCCGAGCAAUUUCUCAGCAACUUUUUACAUGAAUUCAAUGAAACUUUAUGGGAAGCUUCACUACCAACAGGAGAUGUGCAUAUUAUCAGCCGGUUCUCGUCGGAUGAUUUUCCACAGAGUUAUGGCCAUUUGAAAUUUUCCAUUGUACAUAUAGUGCAAUUCUUGUCCGAGCUAUUUCUCAGCAACUUAUUACAUGAAUUCAAUGAAAUUUUAUGGGAAGCUUCACUACCAACAGGAGAUGUGCAUAUUAUAAGCCGGUUAUGGUCGGAUGAUUUUUCACAGAGUUAUGGCCCUUUGAAAUUUUCUAGAAACUGUACAUAUAGUGCAAUUCUUGUCCAGGCUAUUUCUCCCCAACUACUGACUGGAAUACAAUGAAGCUUUAUGGGAAGCUUAACUACCUUGAGGAGAUGCGCAUGUUAUUAGUGGGUUCUGGUUAGAUGAUUUAUUUACAGAGUUAUGGCCCUUUGAAAUUUUUAAGUUACUAAACCAUCCAUUGUAUUAUUUUGUCCAAAGUUA